CUCACCGAGCGCGUCCUCGGCGUACAGGUUCAGCACGCCGAGCACGAUUCUGUAGAGGAUGCGCGAGCCACUAUGCGUCUCUAUACUUCCGUCAAACGCAUCUGGGAGGCCCAAAUCAAGGCCAUCCAGGCGGGCAAAAGUCCGAAGGAUAUUAAGAAGUUGGCUGCACACCUGCACAUUCCACCAGCGCCCUCAGAGGUGGACGCGAACCAGAUUAAAACGACAUCCCUGGCAAAGAUUGCUUUUGAUGUCACCUCCGAAUUUUAUUGGCCCCAUAGCAUGCACCGCAAAUGCUUCACACUAAUUACGCCUCCGAAUUGUCUUUUCUUUAUUUUCGCACAUUCCACAGUCUGGUAUCUCCGCGAACGGGACCAGUUCGCGGGACGCUCGGAAGCCUACGCCUUACCAGAACUCUGA